UGUCCCAUCGAUAUGUCUAUUGGUUCAAAUAUAGCCACAUAUAGGAAAUUUUGUUUUUGUCUUUUGUACUUUGACAGAAUAUAUUUAUUCUAUUUUUUAGACUUUGUUUCUUCUACCUGCAUUGAAUGCAUUAAUUGCAGCUCAUAGGUGAAGUAGAGGAUAGAGUGGAAGUUGCCAUAUAAGUCCUCCUGCUCUUUUUCAAUCUGUCCCUCAAGGUAUUGCUUUUUGGCAGGAAGUGUGUUUCAGAAAAUUAAAUGGGUACUGUUUGAUGUCAGUAUUUAUUUUUAAUGGGUUUUAUGUUAUUUAAUUUGUUAUUUAAUUUUUUUUUUGUUGGCUUCUUUGGUACUCUUGGUCAGUAUAUAUAUUGUUGUUUGAGUUUGAUUGUUCUUGCCAUAAGUUAAACCGCAAUGGAAAAUUAUAGCAAGUAUCUUCAGGUUACCCCCAUUGCAUCAUUCACUGGUAUCUUUUUAGCUAACCAGAUCUAUGGUGAGGUUGAUCCUUCCUUUGUUAAAGAAUAUUUUGGUGAGCUUCUUGAGAUCUGGGAAUUUAUGGACUACCAAGAUAAAAUACAUUCAGUGACCUUUAACAAGAGUGUUGUUCAUCCCCUUCUUACCAGUGGAUGGAAACAAAUGAAAGAUGUUUUCCUCUUUAAUCCAAACCAGGAGAUUGAUUUUCUUUACUACGGGAAUAGUCUUUUUGGCAUGAUGUGUAGCAAACGUCUUGAAUGUGUUUGCCAGAUUCCUAUGUACCACAGUCGUUUUCUGAAGUUUGGUUAUACCCUUGAUUUCUAUCCCCAAUUGUCUUAUGAUGUUCUUAACAAGGGUUUUUUGAACAUUACUGGUUGUUGGAUAUUUGAAUUGGCUUAA